AUGUCCCGUUUCCCGCCUCCUAACAUAGCUUUAACUAAUGUGUACGUGUAUCACAAAAGAGAUGGUGUUGAAACAGUGGGCCUCUAUAAAAUAUACGAUAUUGUAUGGGAUGAAACACAAGUGGUUGAAAUGGUACGGUCUCUUCACGAAAAGCACACACGUCCACUGACGUAUUACUAUCCGGCGAUGGGGCCCACACUGCCACCAUUGGUCUACUGGGGCUAUCCGACACCACCCGUCUCGCCGGCGCACUACUACCAUCCUCCUCACCAUCCUCAGACAAUGAUCCCUGAGGUGGUGUCAGUGGGGGGCGGCUCUCCGUUGCCCAUACCACCACCAGCUGCAUGUCACGAAUGGCCAAUCUUUAUGGUCAAU